AUGGUCUCGGACGAACAUUACGACCUGUGCCUCCCUGUUCUCCAGGAUGCGACGCUCGAGGACGAGGACAAGACGGACCGGCUGGAGGAGGUCCUGAAGAAGCAGACGAGCCUCACCGGCACCUCGCUGGACAAUGCCGUCCUCGACGCUUUAUGGAGGUACCGCGACGGCGCGAGCGUUUCGGCCUCACCGCCACCAAUCCGUCACUCCAUCCUUCGCCGCGCCUCGCCAGCCUCAUUCCGCGCCUCGCCCACACCCAUUUCCGGAUCCCCCCGGCUGGGCGUGAGCCCCCUCGCACCCCCCGGCUUCGUCCCCUCGAACUUUGGCAGGGCUAAGACAGCCUCUCCCUUCUCGUCCCCGAGGGCUUCGCCUCGCCCCGGCUACGUCACGCCUGCUGCCAUGCCUCACAGCCCCAACCUCAGCGCCUACGAGUUCGCCAGCGACACUACACCCGCCACCGAGAUACAGGGCGAGUACCAGACUGAGAAUGUCGAGUGGCUCGUCAACGAUGAUGCCGUCAGUCUGUCAUCUUCCGUGGGAACCUCAAGUGGGCUCAACGCCGCCGCUCCCGAGUUCUCCUCCGUCUCCUCGCAGCACGCCGACAUGUCCCCCUACGACAUGCUGCGCUCCAUCCUCGGCCAGGUCCGCACAGACGAAGAGAUCGAGACGGCCCUUGCUGCCCACAGCUACGACCUCAGUGCCACCAUUGCUUCAUUCAUGGACUCCUUUCCGGACGAUGUCUCCCUCACCGUCUCCACACCGCCCAACGAGCCCAGGAACGUCCUGGUGGGAAAAUCCGUCUCUCCGGAUGUCCGGCCUAUCACCCCCGUUAGCAGUCAAAAGUCUGGCAUAAUAUGCAAAUUCUACAUGUCCACCGGACAGUGCCUGCGUGCGGACUGCCGUUUCAGCCACGACUUGAGCAACCAUCUUUGCAAGUACUGGAUGAUGGGGAGCUGCCUCGCGGGUGACACCUGCGUCUUCUCCCACGACCCGGCCAAGCUCCUAAACAAGCUAUCGCUCGACGGAGCACAGACGCCACCUUCCAGGCCUUCCAGGGGACACGGGAACCUGCCGCUGCACGACGCUAACUCGUUCCCCUCUCUGAGUGACACUGGCGAUCACCUUGCCGGCUUUGCAGGCUCGACCAGUAUGAUGGGACAAGGCAUGCUGACGCCGCCGGGCUUGCGCCCCAUGCGUCACGGCACCGAGAGCCCCCGAUCUCGGUCACGCCCCGGAAGCCGUCACCAGGCUAGGGACCAACAGCUGCAGCAAGCACAGGCGUCGUCCUCAUCUUCUGCCUCGGCCUCCGCUCCCGCCCUCGACGACACCGAGGCUUUUCCCUCACUCGGCUCCGCCUCGGCAUCCAAGCAGGCCAAGAAGCAUCACGGCAAGCGCGGUGGCCACGGUUACAGCUCCAGGGAAAACGCGACGCCCAACUCCUCAUUGGCCGAUAUAGUCAAGAUGAGCCCCUCCCCCGGCUCUGUCUCGCUGACCCCCGAUGCCGCCAAGAAGAGCGGCCGUAAUGGUGCUGUGGCCGCCGUAAAGAAUGGCGAGGAUAGCGCCGCCGCACAGGCUAUUCCCAGUCCCAAGAACAUUCCUUGGCUAGAGACGGGAGAACGCGCAAAUAAGGCCUAUCUCAAGGCUCGCCAAGAGGCCAUAAAGCACGGCGGCCUCAGGAACAAGUUUUUGCAGAGCACAGUGCUGCCCAAGCGUGGAACCAAUGGGAAGGAGACUCGACCCAUCUACGCCAUCACGGGGUCCGGACACCACAGUAAGAACGGCAAGGACAAGGUGGGCAAGGCGAUCCGCAACUUUCUCAACCAGUGGAGGUACGCCUACCGCGAGUUCUCGGUACCCGGGGACCGCAACAACAUGGGUGGCAUCUUGGGUAUUGACCCCCGUAGCUGGGACAAGUCCCUGGAGAAGGGAGAUGCGGUGAAUGGGGCCGACGAGGAGGAAGAGGAGGAGGCGGACCAGUCCAGCGGCGGUGUUGCCGUCAACGGCACCAAGCCCGUCGACAUCCUUGACCAGGCCGUCGAGAUAGGGGACGGCAAGGUUAGGCUGCUGGUCAGGGAUCCGCCCAAGGGUCCUAGUGCUGGUCGACGAUGA